GUAAAACAUGGGCGCUACAUCUCAGAGUUACCAGUGAAGCUAGUUUGGAUAGCUCAGUGCUUUUUUGGUCUGUUUUACAUCAGCAUUCAUAAUGAUAACUCCUGCGUUUGACCUGAGCCAAGAUCCAGAGUUCCUGAUCCUCAGCCUCCGAGUGCCCUACACCCGAACUUCAGAGUUUGAUCUUUACAUAGAUGGAACAGAUUUCAAGUUCUAUGCCAAGCCUUACUUUCUCAGAUUAUCACUUCCUGGAAGAAUAGUGGAGGAUGGGAGAGAAAAGGCCAAAUUUGACAUUGAUAAAGGUCUCGUCACAUUGUGGGUCCCCAAGGAAACAGCUGGAGAGCACUUUGAGGGACUUCAGAUGCUGACGAGUCUCCUCGCCCCAAAAGGCUCCCGAUCAGCCAAACCACUGAUAGAGGACUUGAGCACAGGAUGCAGUGAAGAUGCAGGAGAUGAUGAAGAUGAGGAAGAAUUUAACUGGGAGGUUGAGCAGGAGGUGUAUAAGGAGAGCUCUGAGGAGGAGCUGAGCACCCUGCAGAAAUACGGCUUCGGCAAUCAGAGGUCUGGAGUGUUUGCAAGAUUACAGGAGGAACUGAGUGAUGUGAUUGAUGUCAAGAACCCAGAGGGAACUUCAGCAGCGGAGAGGAGGCGAGCACGACUGGACGCAGAGGCAUCUGCUUUUUCCCCCGACCAUUACCUGGCAGAUUUGUUUGAGGAUGAUGAGAUCAAGCAGCUGUUGAAAUUUAGACCAUGGUGGGCAAAACUGAGUCCUUCUACAGAGCAAGAGGGAGAAGCAGCCGUGUUAUUUACCGACGACGAGAAGGAGCAGCUGAGAAAAUUCACCAACCGCUCAUACCUGCUGGACAAGACGUCUCGUCACCAAGUGUGGCUCAGCCUGGUGGACAUCCUGUUGGCUUAUUCCUAUGAAGCACGCUCCACAGAGGGCGAGCACAACGUAGAGUCACCGUGGAACAUUAGAAAACUCAGCGGGACUCUGUGUUGGCUGGAGACCUACAGCUCCUUGCAAGAUGUCCUGGUGUCAUUCGGACGGAGGGUUUUGUGCUACCCGCUCUACAGACACUUUGGCAUGGUCUCUGCUGCUGUUCGUGACACAACUAAGAUUCUGCAGUCAGGGAAAGCCUGUGUCCUCAAAUGCCUGCUGGAUAUCCACAAAGUGUUCCGAGAGAACGAGCCGGCCUACAUUCUGAACGAUCUGUACAUCACAGACUACUGCAUCUGGAUCCAGAGGGUCAAGUCCAAGAAGAUAUCAGCCUUGGCCGCAACAUUACAAAAAUCCUCCCUGCGGAAAAAAGACUUGGAGCUGGAAGUUGAGGAGCUAGAGGAGGCAGCGACAAUGGUGGCAGAGGAAGAAGAAGAAGAGCAGGGAGCUUCCAAGCACGCUCUGAUAUCCCACAGUGACAGCAGCAGCAGCAGCGAGUCAUCCGAUGAGAGCGAGGAGUCUGAGGCUGAAGGGCAAAGCAGCACUGAAUCCAGAGAGGGAGCAGGAGGUGGAGGAGGAGGAGGAGGAGGAGGAGGAGGGGAGACGUCUAAGGACAACCCUCUACAGCCCCAACCCACCUCGGCUGCCUCUCCCAUCCCCCAGGAACCCACGAGCACACUCCCCUCAGCAGAGAGGAAGGUGGACUCCCUCCCCGCAGCCUCAGAAGGCUCCAGGCAGCUGAUCCAGGAGCUGGGGGAGCGGGUGGCGGAGGAGCUGAAAAUCUCUCAAGACUCCAGCUACAAAGCAGAGAGACAGUGUUCACAGGCGAGCGGUGCAGAGUCUGUGAGGAGCAGCAGUGGGACUUUGUUAGAGCCGAGUCCUCGCAGAAACCCUCUGCUCAUCGUCCAGGAGGAGAGCGACUUCAGCUGCUGAGAGACUGCGCUAUGCAUCCUGAAAGACUCUUGAAUUUUGAACUCUUUAAGUGAGUGCAGAUGGUUUUUAAUGGCUUCAUUUCCAUAUGAUACUCAGAGCCUCUUCUGAAGGACCUUAUUGAAUUAUAUUCUCUUAAUGUAUGAACUUGCUAAGCCUCAUUAAAAUGAUAUGGUUGUUUAAUGA